CUCACCCUACAUCUAUACUAACAUAAUUUCUAAUGGAAACAGGUGGCGGCUACCGUCCAAGAACAAAUCACACAAAGGUUUUUGCAGCGUUCGCAAGUUUUUUGUCGAUGCGGAUAGAAAAUAUUUGGCUAUUCAUGUUCAACAAACGCUGACACUUGUAUCUUCACGGUUAUCUUACUAAAAAUUGCUUAAUCGAUUUGAUCAUUGCUAAAAACAUUCCAGAUGCCGAACAUCAAGCUUCAGUCGUCCGAUGGCGAGACAUUCGAGGUUGAUGUGGAAAUCGCAAAAUGCUCAGUGACGAUCAAGACUAUGCUGGAAGAUUUAGGCAUGGACGAUGAGGAAGAAGAAGUCGUACCACUGCCAAAUGUAAAUUCUGCCAUUUUGCGCAAAGUCAUCCACUGGGCUACAUACCACAAGGAUGAUCCACCACCGCCGGAGGACGAUGAGAACAAAGAAAAGCGGACUGAUGACAUUUCUUCUUGGGAUGCUGAUUUCUUGAAGGUCGACCAAGGAACCCUAUUUGAGCUGAUCCUAGCUGCAAACUACCUCGACAUCAAAGGUCUGCUGGACGUCACUUGCAAGACAGUGGCGAAUAUGAUAAAGGGAAAGGCUCCUGAAGAGAUUCGUAAAACAUUCAACAUCAAAAACGACUUUACGGCUUCUGAAGAGGAGCAGGUGCGCAAGGAGAACGAGUGGUGUGAAGAAAAGUAGUCUGCCAACUUUUCUAUGUAUUGUACUGUUUUUUAAUUCCUUCUACUCUAAUCAGGUAUAUGCUUGACAUCUGGGCCUUGCGUUGGACAUACACGAUAUGACUUGUGGAUUUCAUGUUUUUUUUUCUUAACUAUAACGACUUAACCAAUUGAAAAAAAAAUAAUUAUAUCGAUUUUCUAAAUCUUAGUAGUGACCAUCCUUUGAUGAAAUGCUUAAGCUCUGCAUUUAAUGAUGAAAUACUGCGAAGCUAUCGGAUAAUUAAAAUUUGUAUGAGUAUGUACUGGAUUAGAGUUUUUCAUCUUAGAGGUGUAAUGCCGGGCUCGAUAUACAACUUUUAUAUGUUGCAAAGGAUGUCGAUUAAUGUAUCCCUAUCGUUUUUUCUCUGUUUGUCUAAUAAACGUGACGUAGUCAUUACUAAUAGGUGUUUUAAUUAUAUUUCGUGU